AUGCCCUCUGUGCUGUGUUCGUAUCUGCGCGUGCUGCUGGCCGUCCGUAUUGCGCUGGGAGCUGUGGUGCAAUGUGGAGUGCGUACUGUUGCUGCCACGGUGUCGGUUGUGCGGUCCGCCGUACCUCCCGUGGCUCCCUCUGCCCCCGUUUUGGCGGUUUGCUGGUCGGUAGCUUUGGCGGCUGCUGCUGCUGCUGCUGCCGCUGCUGCUGCCGCUGCUGUUGUUGCUGGUUCGGCUCCUGUUGCUCACACUCCUGCUGUUGGUGCUGCUGCUGCUGCUGCUCCUGCUGCUGCUCCUGCUGUUGCUGCAGCUGCUGCUGCUGCUGCUGCUGCUGCUGCUGCUGCUGCUGCUGCUGCUGCUGCUGCUGCUGCUGCUGCUGCUGCUGCUGCUGAUGUUGCUGCUGCUGCUGCCGCUGUUUUCCUGCUGCUCCCCCCGCCUGCUUGUGUUGCUGCUGUUGCUGGAACUGUCGCUGCUGCUGCUGCUGCUGCUGCUGCUGCUGCUGCUGCUGCUGCUGCUGUUGUUGCUGCUGCUGCUGCUGCCGCUGCAGUUGUUCCUGGUCUUGUUGCAGCAGUAUUGUUCCCGCUGUCCUUCCGCCUGCCUUGGCUGCUUGCUGCUGCUGCUGCUGCUGCUGCUGCUGCUGCUGCUGCUGCUGCUGCUGCUGCUGCUGCUGUCGCUGCUGCUGCUGCUGCUGCUGCUGCUGCUGCUGCUGCUGCUGCUGCUGCUGCUGCUGCUGCUGCUGCUGCUGCUGCUGCUGCUGUUGCUGCUGCUCCUCCUGAUUUUGUUCCUGCUGCUGUUGCUGCUGAUCCUGCUGCUCCUGUGGCAAGUAGGAGGUCAUUAACGAGGCUGCUUGUGACAACGAAUACCUCUCCCAAUUUCAUCGAGGUCGGCUCCAGCGGUCCUGCUCUAACUUCUCUAGCACUCACCCUUGUUACAGUGGGGUGUUCUGCCGCACGUGUAGCAGUUCCGGUGUUGGUCCCUGCUGCCUUGCCUCCCUCCUCCCUGUUCCUUUUGGCGUUUAUUGCUGCUGAUAUAGCUGCAGCGGGGCGCUGUUCAUUCCGUGCUUCCCCUGCCGCAUCCGUACCCGUAUCCCCCGCCCCCUUCAAACCUCCCCUACCGUCGUUCCCAGCCGUCUGCACGAGUAGGCUGCUUGUGCUUCCCACCUGUUGCAUUCCCGGCAUCGGGCUGAAGGGUAGGGUUGUCGCCGGAGCCUCUGGGCACGGCGAUGGGGCAGUAGGAGUCGGUGCAUGGGCGAGUGGAGAUGCCGAUGCUGGAUGUGAUUCUUUUGGAGGGGAGCUUGCUGAGGAGAUUACAUUGAGAACAGCCGUAGCUCCUCUGAUAGUCUCGGUGACAAGGGCCUCGGUUCCAGGUGAAGGUGCCGUUGCUGCAGUGGCGUCACGAGCGUGUGUGCCUGCUUCCCCGCCAAGUUUCCCUCCCAACAGUCCCUCAGCCGCGCCCAGGUCCCUCUGGCCUGUGUCGUUCGUGCCUGACGGCCUUGGCGCAUCUGGUGGCGCUGCUGCAGGUGUUGCUAUGGCUGAAGGCGCUGGCGUGAUAGUAGCGCCAUUUCUGCUCGCCGGCGUGUGCGCACCUGCUCCGCUGCCUAUCUCUCCGUCAAAUCCCUCUCCUGAUGCCGUCCAGCCGUCACCCCCAGCUCCUGAGUCGUGUGAGCGCUCAGAAGCUGCGAAUUCUGCUUCUUCCAUUCUCUCCUGCCGCCCCUCCAAAUUCCCCUCCACAGCUUCCCCCUCGCUGUUCGUGAGCUGCGCUUGCCUGGCGCGCAGCAGGUCCCGUGUCAGCGUCGCAGUGAAAGCGGCGCCAAGGCGCCUCCUGACCGUUUUCAGUGGGGAAUGCAGUGGGCGGCCUUGGCGUGUGUUUGAUCGCGUGCCUAGGUAA